GCUCCGCUCUCACAAAUAACUGUGAAAUUAUUCAAUACGCAGAUGAUAUCUGCAUCUAUCGUGUGCACGAAAAUAUCAAUGAGGGUUCACUUGAUAUAAAUGCUUGUUUGGACUCUGUUGGCAACUGGUUAUUGGACCACGGCUUUGACGUAGCUCCAAUAAAGAGUCAAGUAGUAUUAUUUUCAAGAAAGCGUUCUCCCCCUAAUAUAAGCAUCGUAUAUCAAGGAUAUAGUAUUCCACUAGUAACAGAGGCAAAAUUUCUGGGUCUAAUACUAGACGCCAAGCUUACGGGUUCGGCACACGUCGAUAACACAGUAAAAAAAUGUGAAAAAAACAUCAAUGUGCUACGCGCACUAUCUGGUACAUGGUGGGGUGCCCAUCCCUAUAGUCAAAAACUCCUUUAUAAUGCUCUAGUUCGCAGUAUUAUAGACUUCGGCUCAAUUUUCCUGCAGACCUCAACUAAAAGUAUUCUGUCUCGAUUAGACUCAGUUCAGUUCAAAGCCUUAAGAAUAGUGCUGGGUGCAAUGAAAUCCUCCCCAACUCGAGCCCUACAGGUCGAAAGUGCAGAGCCGCCCUUAAGCCUGAGACGACAGUAUCUUUCAGAUCGAUAUACUCUCCGUUUAGCUCAAAUACACCCUAAUGCUAUUAUAUCAAAAUUAUCUGCUCUUCAAAAUUGUAUGACUUCAAACUUCUGGAAUAGUAGGGAACAGCCCUGUCUCAUUAAAAGU